UCAAAAGGAAGCCAAAUUUCUCGCCGGCAAAUAUUUUCAACCCACAAAUUGUAACAAAUGCCGACGGGCACCGCCGCCGUCUUUUCCGCCACAAACUUUCUCCCUCCGCCGCGUUAUCCCCCGCCGGCGACUUCAAAAACAAAGCCGACCAGUUGCCACGUCAUCCCCAGAAUGUCCCUAAACCAAAGCCCAUCAAGCGGCCCAAAAUCGUCCACCUCUUCCUCUUCUUCUUCCCUGUUAUCCUCAAUCACUAAUCUCUUAUGGGGCCCAUCUCUCCCGCCGGGGCUCCUCGUAGCCACCGUCCGUACAGCCUGGGAGACCACGUGGCAGCUCAUGAUGAGCCAGCUCGCCCCCUCCGAUACUUCUGGCGGCUACUCAAGACCCCUCUCCCAAUUUCGCGCCACCAAAAUUUCCGCCAACAAUCUCCAUCUAUACGUCGGCCUUCCAUGUCCAUGGGCCCACCGGACGUUGAUCGUCCGAGCCUUAAAAGGCCUCGAAAACGCCGUUCCGGUCUCCGUCGCCGGUCCCGGCGCAGACGGAUCGUGGGAAUUCCGGGAGAAUCCGACGGCUGAUAAUGAAACCCUAAGGCAGGGAUUGGAUAGGGCAAAUGGGUGCAAAACUUUGAAGGAGGUUUACAGACUGCGAGGAGGAGGUUACAAUGGAAGGUCCACUGUGCCGAUGCUAUGGGAUGCGGAGAAGAAGGAGGUGAUUUGCAAUGAAAGCUCUGAUAUAAUUGAAAUUUUGAAUUCGGGUCUCAAUGGAUUGGCUGAGAAUCCGGAUUUGGACCUCUCGCCGCCAUUGCUGAAGGGGAAGAUUGAAGAAUGGAACGCCAUUGUUUAUCCUAAUGUCAACAAUGGAGUUUAUAGAUGUGGGUUUGCUCAGAGUCAAGAAGCAUAUGACAAAGCUGUCAAUGGGCUAUUUUCAACGCUCGACGUGUUAGACGACCAUUUGGGGCGUUCGAGGUACUUGUGUGGUGAAAAUUUGACUCUGGCUGAUGUUUGCUUGUUUACAACAUUGAUUCGGUUUGAUCUGGUGUAUAAUGUUCUGUUUAAAUGCACAAAGAAGAAGCUGCUUGAGUAUGCAAAUCUUCAUGGAUAUAUGCGAGACAUUUAUCAGAUUCCAAAGGUUGCAGCAACUUGCAACUUUACCGCAAUAAUGGAUGGCUAUUACAAAACAUUGUUUCCUCUAAAUCCUGGGAAUAUUCGACCAACUAAGCCGGCCAGUUGCUAUCAUGAAGCACUCUUAGUUCCUUCCAAAAGGGGGUCACUGCCAUUCUUAGACACAACCAAGCAGUUUUCUGUUUUGAGUCCUCAGCUGUAGCGUUUGGAGAUUGGAUAUUAGUCAUCUGAUCAAUUACAUCACUCAUGUGGCUUCUCAUAACUGCAAUUGCAUGAUCAUCUUCGAUAUAUUGGAGCUCCCGACGUAUGAAUAUGGUCACGAGGGACGCCUUGGACUGUAGACCUCCCUGUUCCGCAGGCAUGAUGGCAAAGCCAGAAGGUCUCAGAAACACACUAUUCAUACUAAAUUUGGGCAUGAGAGAGAUAUGAACAUCUUCUUCUGACAAUUGUGAUGAUAGGACGAGGGAGCAAUAGUCAUUCGCUGUAGCUUCUUGUAAGAAAAAUUCAUGGUCCUAUCACGUUAAACAAGCAUAUCAUAUCAUUGAAGUAUAUAAGUUUUGGGCAAGGAGGAUCAGGUAAAGAAGUUUAUGUAAAAGAGAAGCACCGCAAAAAGUUCAUCAGCUACUGUUUCUUCUACUUUUCUGCGUAAACCAAUGGUGUAGCUAUUAUCUUCUGAGUAAAGUGCAGCUACCAGCUUGAGCUGUUCCGGUGAUUUUAUGCUCGUCAACUGUAUGUGGCGAGUAUAAGCAAGCAAGAAUAUAGGUUAAAUUAUAAGUUUAGUUUCUAAGACGGAGUUUACCUGGUAUGUCACAUUAUAUGUGGCUAGAAACAUUAAGAGUCUGAUGGGGGUUUCUGGAAUGUAUACGGUACUUGAGGCAACAUAAUCAUGGUUAUAGCCAAUGUUACUUGCU